CUAGGAGACCAUUCAACACUGGCUACAUUUUCAUAGACAGGAAAGUAUUUGAUCUGUUUAAAACUGUUUUAUAUCGAUCUUUGUUUAUUAACAGUGUGGUCUAACAAAUAGUGCAUGAUUUAUUAUUUUAAUUUAUUUUAGAUGAGUUAGACAUAUAGGUUAACUAGAUACCCACAAGUUAAAUAUAUUUCUAUACCUGCUGGUCUGAAGGAAUGGCUGAAAUGGGAGUCUAUAAACUGGACACUGGACAAAAUUUCCCCUCAAACUGUUUUCCUAUAAGAUCUUUUUUUCAUCGGAGCAAAGAAGGGGCGGGACACUGGCUAGUAGCUCACAGGAGACAGGAGGAGGAAAGGUACAGAAGAACCAGAGAGCAGAAAACAGCAGAACAGCUUUACUCAGGACCGUCUGCUGGGUCAGAACCACUCUCUGAAACAGUCAAGUGUGCAAGUGACCCACUGAAUGCACAACUUCUGAUGACCUUGCAUUAUGUGGACAAACCGUCUGAGCUGUGCUCCGUCAACAUAAGUGAAAGGAACCUUCAUCUGGUUGAGCCAGAAGGUUUGGAGGAAUUUGACAGUGUUGCCUUUAUCAAUGCUUCUGACAACAGAUUGACCUUAGAGGCUUUCAGUAGGUUUCCUGCACUGAGGGAGCUGGAGCUUUCUUUAAAUGGCCUUUACACUUUGGAAGUUCAUGUUGAAGACUUUCCUAGAUUAGAGGUUUUGGAUCUGUCCUAUAAUAAUCUAUCAGCUGAUGGUAUACUGGCUGUCGGUCUGCUCCCACGUCUGAAGAUGCUUCAUCUAACUGGAAAUAAUCUGCAGAUGCUUCCACCGAACAUGUCUGGCCCAUAUUAUCCUCCUGAUAAACGGGCUCCUCAGUGCAGAUCACUGUUUCAGAGUCUGGAGGUGCUGAUGCUGGAUGAUAAUAAGCUUUCUUCACCCGGAGUUUUUAUCAGCCUGGGAAAUCUCAGAAGUCUUCAGCACCUAAACCUAGAAGGAAAUGACAUUUCUGAGGUCCCUUACCUCGAGCAGAAUCCACCGAUACAACCGGCAGAUGCUUCAGAUCGGGAGACAGGGGAAGACGCUGAGGAUGGCAUUAUACCACAGUGUUCCUCUGAUCCACCAAUGGACCAAGAAGAGUUUAUAAAUAAAGCAGCUGAUGAGGACAAGGAGGCUAGGCCAUAUUCCAGAGAUUUCGGUACACAGUUUCCACAGCUUCGACAUCUGAAUUUGGCUGGGAAUAAGAUAGCUGAGGAAGAGGCCUUGCUGGCUGUGGCGUUGUUUCCUGAGCUCAGGGAGCUUGUUAUUCACUCAAACCCACUGACUACCCAGAGGAGUGGUGAUCCGCCAGUACUGACAUAUUUUCUUCAAGACAGGCUGGGUAUUAUGAUAAGACGCAAGAAGAACACUGAUGCUAAGAAAGCGCAUAUUAUGCUCCCACUUAACUUCAAAAGAAAGGUCAAAUCUAAGAUCCCGGAGGUACCAAAGCAUCCCUUGAUCACUUCAGCCCUGAGUGUUUCAGAAAAUCCUCACACAGAGAGACGCAAUAAAAACAGCAAUCCUCUGCCAUCAGAGAACAAGUCCACUGAUGUACUGCUCCCCAGCUUCUCACAAACCAGCAGUGAGGAGUGGGAGGAACACGGGGCUGUGGCCAGCGGGUCGGAGAUUUUGGAAGAUACUGAAGAUACUGAACUCCCCAGUGAAGCCCUGGAGGCUGAGCAACCAUUCUUCGUAACAGAGAUUGACCUGCUUGAACAUGAAUAUCAAGAAAGAACCCCGGAGACAGUGGAAACUGCUGAAAUUCUGAGAAAAGACACAAAAAAUUGUGCAGAGAAACUUACAGGCUAUGAAAUUUUCCAAGAUGAUGAUUUGCAUCAUUUUGAUUUUGACAUACCUGAUCCAGUUGGGAUUCAGCACACAGUGAGAGCACUGGAGCACACACUCAGAAACCUCCUCGUCUACAGAGAUCCUAAAGCAAACCUGGAUCAACUUCAGAGACCAUAUAAAGAACAACAGAAGCGGAUAAGAAAUUUGCCCUCUGUAAAACCAAGCAAGCCCAAAGAAGAGAAGGUUAAAGAAAUCCUCACUAAAAUGAAGGAGAUGAGAACAAUAAGUGAAGUUCCUCUGGGUGAAGUCAUGAGAAGAAAAGACGUACACAGGAAGGAAUAUGAAGAGGCUCUGACCUUACUGAAAGAUGUGAAGGAAAAGUACAAGACAGUCCACCUCAACGCAGUUAAACACGCAGCACAAAUAGAGAGAGAUGUCAGACAUGAAAAUGGAACUUAAACAAAAAGAGAUUUCUUAAUUAUAGUUGGUCGAUAUCAGAGAUUUACACUGUUUUGUUAGCAUAGAGAACGGGCCAGUUAUAUAUAUAUAUAUAUAUAUAUAUAUAUAUAUACAUAUA